AAACAAAACAGAAGAGAAAUACAAAUGGGAAAGAACAGAACAGAACAGAGCCUUUCAUAUGUUUUCGGUUGUGUUGUGUCCAAAUUUGGAAAUAUAUUGUGGUGAAGUGAGGUCAUCAUUUCCUCUAAAAAUGGCAAAGCAUUUCUGCCAAUCCCAUUCCCAAAUUUUUCUCUCUUUUGUUACCAACCUAACCUAUCACAACAUGGGUCAUGAAGGUCCUCAUCAUUUCAUCCUCCCAUUGGCUUCUCUAGGGUCUCCUACUUUCCUUUGGAGCCCUAGAUUUUGCUGCUUUCUGCAAUUUCAAUUUCAGAGUCCUGAUCUGCAGCUACAUGUUCCGCUUAAUUAAGUACCAUCAUUGAUCAUACCCCCUCUCUCUGUCUUUUAUUUUAAUUUUUCUUUGUUUUAUAAUGAGGCUGUGAAAAAUUACAUAUUUGUUGAUUGCAGUGAUCUAGGAAGGCAAAUGGAUCAAUUGCCCAAAUGUUUUAUCUUUUUGUAAAGGAAAUCUAAGAACAAAAAAAUUAUAAAAUUUGAUAACUUUAACCAAACCUUUUGUUCAUCUUGUACAAAAUGGAUCAUAAAUGCAAUUUUUAUAAUUGAUACUUUGGAGGAUGUAGUAUAUCUUAUUUAUUGUUUUAAAUUGCACGUUGCAAUUAGCAACAUCAUGGGAAAUUGCUUACGAAUAUGGCCACAAUGCUUUGUGGAGACCUCAAAAUAUUGUGGUCGCAAUUGUGAUUGUGGACUAUAGUUUAAAACCGCUAACAACCUGAUGUUGCUUGAAACCUAUAAUUUCCGCUAAGUGAUUAAUAUAAGAGCAACUUCUAUAAAAUGUUGUUUGAAUUGUAUUUGAUCAUUAUUAUAACAUUGAAAAAGAACCAACAAAGUGAAUACUUGUAAUGCUUCCUUCUUGAUUUUACUGAGUUAGAUGAGAAUGAUUUUUUUUUCUCUGCACUUUUGUUGCAGUCAAUUGAUCAGCCAUAAUGGGUGUAGCAGUUGCAUCACCUUCGAUUGCAUGAGUUCUUUGCACACCUUCAUGAAUAUUUGUUAGAAAUGUGCACCCUGCAAUGGAGUACAAUAUGUACUAUAAAUCUAAAAGAAUGACAAGAUUAAUGAUAUUGCAAUAUGUCAUGUUUCUCGACAUUUUUUUAUGGUUGUCUUCCUCAACAACUAUGAUAGAGAUUAGCCUCCUUCGAAUUGAAUUUCUUCUCUCUUGAAUGUUUUUGCACCCCAACUUCAGUGGUUCUAGCAAUCUCAAACUCUGUAACUCAAUAUUUUUCAUUUUUAUUUAUUGGUGACAUUCUCUCUUCACUUUUAGAUAGUUAACUAUUUUUUUUUUCUUUUAGAUUGUGCAUCUAACCUUUAUCACUCUAUUUUUUACAUUACAAACUUCUUAUUUUUGUCAAAGGUACCUUGUCAGUGUGGAACCUGGCAUAUCAACCUAAUGGGGUUGAAAUUUACAAAGCAGGGACCACCUAAAAUUGAGGAUCCAAGUUUACAUAAUCAAAUGAUCAAUUACCUUACCAAGAAUUUUAUUCGCAACUUGGUAUCUAAGCAACGAAGAAGAAUGCUUAUUGCUGGUUAUGAUCUUGACAUGUCAUAUAUCACAGACCGAGUAUUAGCAAUGUCAUUUCCGGCACAACGUAUGCGAGCAAUGUAUCGAAAUCCUCUAUGGCAAGUCAAAUCUGUGUUGGACAUGAGACAUUAUGACCAUUAUAAGAUCUAUAAUCUCUGUAUAGAAGAAAGUUAUGAUCCAGAUAACUUCUAUGGACGCGUGGAAGCAUACCCCUUUGAUGAUAACCAUGUGCCAUCUCUUGAAAUGAUCAAAGCUUUCUGUGAAAGUGUGGAUUCAUGGCUGUCAAGUGACCCAAAAAAUAUUGCUGUUAUUCAUUGCAUGGCGGGAAAGGGUAGAACUGGAUUAAUGGUGAGUGCAUACCUAACUUAUUGCGGCAUGUCAGCAGAUGAGGCUCUUCAAUUGUAUGCAGAUAGACGGACAACCAAUAAUGAAGGAGUAUCAAUACCAAGCCAGCGUCGAUACGUAGCAUACUGGGAUAGUCUACUUUCAAAUUCUGUCCCAAGGGGAACUGGAAAUGGACCGACAAAGGUGAACUUGCCUCAGCCAUGUGGCAGAGAAUUACGGCGAAUCCGGCUUUAUGAUACAAUCAACAUUGACACAAUAUUCUUUGUUAUCUCAGAGCUACACGAGAUUCCUAAUGAGGUGUAUCGUCCACCAGUGGAAGCUUAUCGUGGCUGCUGUAGACAGAUUAAGAAAGGGUAUCAGAGAAAUAAUAGUCCUCGCUAUUAUAUCUCUAUUCUUGAAGGUGAUAAAGAUGGAAAUCAAUCAGAAACAGAAGAACCUCGCAUUGUAGUUCAAAUGGACACAGAGAGUCCAGCAAUAUACCAAAAAUCAUGUUUGGACCAUUAUUUUGAUAAACCUAUACAAGUAACAGGAGAUGUACGGCUCACAUUCUAUGAGAAAAUGAUAGGAGGGCGCCUGUUCUACUGCUGUUUUAAUACAGCUUUUAUUAGGAACAGCUUACUACAGCUCCCAAUACAAGAGUUGGACAAAGUUGGGAAGAAAGGAACAUCAAUAUGUGGCCCUGACUUCUGCUUAGAAUUAUUGUUUGGUCCUGCUAAUGCAGGAUACUCAUCGUCAAGUAUAUCCAAUGAUGAAUAUUCUAAUGAUGAUUCUUUAUAAUAAUAUUUCCACAUAUCUUUGCAUAAUAUUAAAGGCCAUGUUCAAUUUACUGCUGUAGCAUAUUCCUGCAAAAUGAUCCCAACAAUGAGUCCCUUGUGGUGUGAUGUAGUAAGAGCAUUCAUUCCUCCAACUGCUUUGCCGUCUAAUUUUUCAUUGGCCAAAGGCAUGGAGAGUAAGUGUAAUUUUUGUAUUGUUAGUGAUUGAGUAGCAUUUUGCAG